ACACAUUGGGCAGAAAAGAGCUGGAUUCAUAUUGACUUAGUUAUAGGUCAUCGGCUGUCAGUGCAGUGGGAGGAGAUAUUUACUUUACGAUAUACUUUAUGAUCUUGAGGGAAUUAGAGGAAAUUCAAUAAGAAAAUGGCUAGAAACAUUUAAAACCCUUAUUUAAAAGACUUAAGCAAAUUAGAGUCUUAUCAGAUUAAAAACCACUACAAAUGUAAGAGCAUUGUCUUCGGUGAAACACUGGGGGGUCUGAGAAGGAGAGUCUACCAAAUCUCAGGGAUAAAACGCGUCAUUUAAGCACCCGAUAAUGAGCAGAAUGUAAAUUAAUUUAACCUUCUUUACCAACAGGCUGCUUAUGUAAUAUGUAUAAUUUAGUGAUAAGAUUUAAGAACCUAAUAUAACUGGAUGGAUGAGCCUCAGCUAAUGCAGACCUGUCACAUGGGGAUGUGUUCUGCUCUGAGCAGGUGUGUGUGUGCAUGGAAUGGGGUUAACCAGAAUAAAAGGUUAAAAAACCAGAAAUGCUGAUUUAAAGCAUCCUAUGAAGAAAGCUCCUCCUGUUAGCUAAAAUCUUCUUACCCUAGAAUGAUACUUUGGGCAGAGACUAAAGAAUUCUCAUUUGGUCCUUUGGACUGCUCUCAAGCUUGUUUAAGAUGGGGGAGGAGUUGCAGAUACCAUGAGGUGGGGGAGCAGGGCAAAGGAGAGACACAUAAGUUACAAACAUAUUUGUUGUCUGCUUUAUCCACUCCACCUCAAACUGAAUGAGUUUCUCAAUCUUGGGAACAAGGACAAGGAGGGAGUUUUUUGAAGAUACCUCAUACUGGCGUUGCAAAUCAUUGACUGUAAUGUCAAACAAAUACACAUUCGGGGAUGAUAACACUAACUCCACAAUAAAGCAAUCGUCAAUGCAGAAACCCAGGGGAGAUUAGUUUGUGCUCUUCAGCUGACCUAAGCCAGAGGACAAAAGGACUUUCACAAAUUAUUUUGAAUGAUAUCUUUGGAUUUCUUUCUUUAAUUUCUGUGGAAAUAGUGCUAUAAAGAUUUACAUGUCCCCAAAGGUGUUUUUUUCCUUUUGUCUCAAAUAUAUGAACAAGGCUUUAUUUUUCCUUGCUGAGUGUCCUUCUAGGCUUUUGCCCUUCACCCACAGCCUACUGUCUCUGCCUGCUUGGACUCCAACAAUUCAAGACAGCCUUGAGCUCCCUAGGAAUAGAAAAUGACUUCAAAAUUAUCCUUGAAAUUGGUUAUUUGGCAACAUUCUUAAUUGUAUGGAAAUUCAUUAAAAGCAUAUUUUAUAUAUAAUUAGCUCAAAGUUGUUGAUUCUACAGGCUUUAUGGAUUUGAAUCUGAUUGAUAAUAAAGUAAACAAGAGAGUCAAAUUUAAAGCAAGAUUCUCUGUUGCAUUAGGAGGUGCUUAAUACAGUGUACAAGGAAUUUGAAAGCCCUAGGAUAUGUGUCUUAAUCAACGUUAAGUAGAAUGGAUAAGCUUUCAGCAUUUUGAAAACGCUGGGUUAGGGUUUCUAUUCUAUUGUGUGUUUUCUGUCUGGGGACUAAUAAGCAUUACAGAGAACGUGAUCUGAGGCGACUUUUUAUUCUUGUAUAAAUUCAGGGUGAACCACCAAACAGUUGUUCGUUUAAAGUCAAGGUAAUUUUCUUUUGACGGGUCCAUUUGCUUCUGAUUUCUAAUUUAUUAGCCUCUCUUCUCAGGGCUCUGUCUUCUUUGCAAUUAAAGUAAAGCUUCUUCAGAUUAGCGCCGCAGCAUUCACUUGACAGGUUGUUUGGAAAAUUUAAGAUCGGAGAGAUGAUUUGUUGGGGUUUUAAAUUUUUUUCUGGUUUUAAGUAGUAUGUCUCCUUUCCUUGCAGGGGGAGAAAAACACCUCUCGGUAGGGAAUGGAUGUAGCGAGACAGAAGGGGAGGGGCGUGCUGGGUGCCUUGUUGAUCCUUGUACCCAUCAGCCUUCGACCUUUCCAAUUUUUUCCAACGAGCUUUUUACUCCCAACCUCGUCUUUCCACCUCCCCGCCAGAACUAAAAGCCGGAUCGUCUUGGGCCGGGCCGGAGCAGAAUUCCCGGGAGCCGGCGGGUGUAGACUCUGCGGGCUCCCCGAGGUAUUAGCCCGGCCCCGCACAUCUGAUAGGUGCAGACAGGAUGGGCCCUCCGUCACGGCUCGGGGGCUCCUGAUUGGUGUGCAGCCACGUCACUCCAGCCGGCGAAGGGUCUGGGAGGAGGCGGAGGCGGGGAGGGUCGGGGAGGGUUGGGGAGGGCAGCGGCCGAGUGACGUCUCGGCACCAGGAAGCCCGCCUCUGGUUUUAAGAUGUUAGGCCAACAGGGAAGCUUGGAGCAGCAGAACUGGUCCGUCGCUCGUCUGGGUGCUGGGAGCUGAGCUGCGACGAGGCCAGGCUCGAGAUCGAUCUGCUGCCCGAGGGGGUGUGCGUGUGAGCACCGCGGAGGGUGCGCCCAGAGGCCCGCGCCGCUGCCGCCGCCGCCGCCGCCGCCGCCACGGGAGAUCUAAUAUCAGCUACCUGUCCCUGUCACUCUUGACACUUCGCUGUCAGGGCUGCCGUGCGGGGGGCGGGCAGAGCGCGAACGGCGUUAGCUUUCCUUAUUGGAGGGGUACGAGGGGGAGGGAGGGAGGGAAGAAAGGGGUCUUUGCCCACUCUUGUUUCGCUUUGGAGCUUGGAAGCUUGCUCCCCAAAGACGCUCCGAACCAUUCUCUCCUACCCACAUCCCCAUGUCUCUCCAUUGACCCGCUGACUUUCGGCCGCUGGAUCCUUUCGCUUGAGCCUACGGAAGGAGUCGGGGGGCGGCUCGGCUCCAGGACUCCGCGCGGGUUGUGUUCCCGGCUCUGCCCGCGGCGGCCACCGCGAGGAAACUCCGCGCCUGGAGCGGGAAGCGGAGCAGGCGGCUGCGGCGGCCACGGGGCUUCGGCGGGGCAGCAACCCAGGACUCGUAGGGCGGCGCGCUCCUUCGUCCAUGAACUGCAUGAAAGGCCCGCUGCACUUGGAGCACCGAGCAGCAGGGACCAAGCUGUUGGCCGCCUCCGCGUCCUCCUCCUGUCACCAUCCUCAGCCGCUGGCCAUGGCUUCGGUCCUAGCUCCCGGUCAGGCCCGCUCCCUGGACUCUGCCAAGCACAGGCUGGAGGUGCACACCAUCUCUGACACCCCCAGCCCCGAGGCCGCAGAGAAAGAUAAGAGCCAGCAGGGAAAGAAUGAGGACGUGGGAGCCGAAGACCCGUCCAAGAAGAAGAGGCAAAGGCGGCAGCGGACUCACUUCACCAGCCAGCAGCUGCAGGAACUGGAGGCCACUUUCCAGAGGAACCGCUACCCGGACAUGUCCACGCGCGAAGAAAUCGCAGUGUGGACCAACCUAACGGAAGCGCGAGUCCGGGUUUGGUUCAAAAAUCGCCGGGCCAAAUGGAGAAAGCGGGAGCGCAACCAGCAGGCCGAGCUGUGCAAAAAUGGCUUUGGGCCGCAGUUCAACGGGCUUAUGCAGCCCUACGACGACAUGUACCCGGGAUAUUCGUACAAUAACUGGGCCGCCAAGGGCCUCACUUCGGCCUCCCUGUCCACCAAGAGCUUCCCUUUCUUCAACUCUAUGAACGUCAACCCCCUGUCGUCGCAGAGCAUGUUCUCCCCGCCCAAUUCCAUCUCGUCCAUGAGCAUGUCGUCCAGUAUGGUACCCUCAGCGGUCACCGGCGUCCCGGGCUCCAGCCUCAACAGCCUGAAUAACUUGAACAACUUGAGCAGCCCUUCGCUGAAUUCCGCGGUGCCGACGCCCGCCUGCCCUUACGCGCCGCCGACUCCUCCGUACGUUUAUAGGGACACGUGUAACUCGAGCCUGGCCAGCCUGAGACUGAAAGCAAAGCAGCACUCCAGCUUCGGCUACGCCAGCGUGCAGAAUCCGGCAUCCAACCUGAGUGCUUGCCAGUACGCCGUGGACCGGCCCGUGUGAGCCGCGCCCCACUGCACGGGGAUCCUAGGACCGUGGAUGGGGCAGCUCUGCCCUUGAAAGACUGGGAAUUAUGCUAGAAGGUCGUGGGCACUAAAGAGAGAAAGGGAGAGAGAGAGAAGAUAUAGGGAGAAAAGGAAACCACUGAAUUAAAGAGAGCUCCUUUGAUUUCAAAGGAACUUUCUCAACGUCUGACAUCUUUCACUAAAAGUAUUUCCAACAGUUGCGAGGACACACAAAUGUUUGACUGGAUAUGACAUUUUAACAUUACUAUAAGCUUGUUAUUUUUUAAGUUUAGCAUUGUUAACAUUAAAAUGACUGAAAGGAUGUAUAUAUAUCGAAAUGUCAAAUUAAUUUUAUAAAAAGCAGUUGUUAGUAAUAUCACAACAGUGUUUUUAAAGGUUAGGCUUUAAAAUAAAGCAUGUUAUACAGAAGCGAUUAGGAUUUUUCGCUUGCGAGCAAAGGAAUGUAUAUACUAAAUGCCACACUGUAUGUUUCUAACAUAUUAUUAUUAUAAAAAAUGUGUGAAUAUCAGUUUUAGAAUAGUUUCUCUGGUGGAUGCAAUGAUGUUUCUGAAACUGCUAUGUACAACCUACCCUGUGUAUAACAUUUCGUACAAUAUUAUUGUUUUACUUUUCAGCAAAUAUGAAAAAAAAUGUGUUUUAUUUCAUGGGAGUAAAAUAUACUGCAUACAAA